AUGCACCAAUUGAUUAUUCGUCUUCUUCAUCAAAGACAACUCAAUGUUGCUUCUCAGCUUUUCAAUGUUUCACACUAUGAUAUCAUUAUUGAUUUGGUAUGUUUCCAGAAACGAGGUGUAGACCUCCUUCGAGACCUGAAACAAAUUAGGGGUGUCACUAAAAUCAUCUUCUACUCAAAAAUGAUUUUUUUUCAAGAUCUUUUGUAACCCAAUAAUUUGAGAUGCUAAAACACACGGUGUCAAAAUAUUUCAAAAACAUCAAAUCAUUUUCAGACCACAACAUUUGCAAAAUUAAAAGAAUUAGUAAAUUCUGCAAAUUAUUCAACAAAUCGUGUAGAUCAAAGUGUUGUUGAAAUCGUGAUUGCUAGAAUAACAUCAGCAAUUCGAGAAACUGGAAGUGUCGAAAGCUAUGCAGCUGAACUCGUUGAUCUACUUGAUGAUGUUCUCAAACAUCGAAUGAGUAUUCGAGAUGAUGAAACCGGAAAUAUUGUCGAUUCACCACAUUGUAAAAUUGCGUCUGACCUUUUGAGUAGUCUAUUUUUACAUUAUGGAAAUAAGCCUGUAAUGACUUUAACAUUGCCAGUCGCAUUGAAAAGUCUUCACUCAACAAAUGCGGAAUUAGUUAAAAAUACAACAAGUUAUAUUUCAUUAGCUGCAAUUCAUAAUGGAAAAGCUUUGUCGUCGUAUGCUCUUGAAAUUAUUGGACAUGUUUUGCGUGGCAAUUUUUCGCUGAUUCGAGUUUUACCGCAUAUUUAUGCUGAUAACAAAGAGCCAUUUCAUGCACAGUUAUCGCAACUCAUCGAGGUAAUUAUUUAUUUUAGCAAAGCUAAACAACAGUUUCAUAUUUUUCAGAUUCUUCAAAAUGAAAACGUUGAAUGUAGUGAGAAACUAAGCUUACUCCAACUCGCUUCAAUGGUUGCUAACACCAAGCCAGAUGUCUUGAUACCUUAUCUUUCAAAAUUCGAUGUUUAUCUAUUAUCUCCUCAAAUGUCAACUGCUUUACUCAAUAUUUAUAUGUCAUUGAUAUCUCAAAAUAGAACAAAAUGUCUAGCACAAUUUUUACCGGAAUUGAAACUUGCUGCGCAGUCAAAUGAUUAUGUUAGUAAUCGGCCAACUAUUUGCAAGGUUAGUUUAUUUGGGAGUUCAUAAAAAUAUUAUUUUUCUUCCAGAUAAUUGCAAAUAUUGGAAAAGUAUCUGCAAAUCUUGCUGCUGAAGCUAUUGAUGAGUUGGUUUUAAUGUCCCGAAACAAUUCAGAAUCAGAAGAUCAACAACUUCGACAGACUAUUUUCAAUGAGAUUGAGGCUGUUGGUUCAAUUUAUCCAAAAUGUCUUCAAAACCAUCUCGAAUAUUUCCAAACUCUUUUGCCAAAUCGAACUAUUGAUCGGAUUUUGAUGAAUAAUUCUAGACAAGUUUCGCAAGAGAGAAUUCAAAAUUCGAUGGAUUCACUUCUUUCGAAAAAUUCAAAAGUUUUUGGAAAUCUUAUAACAAGCGGUGGAAGAACUGUAUUCGAAGUUUGUGAAUCGCCAACUGUUCAAUUAUGCGAACUUGACAGAAAUACUCAUUCUUUGGCAAUGCAAUAUCAAAAUAAUAGAUCAAGUGGAUCUUUGAGUCGCAGAAGUCAUUGUCCACAUAGCGAAAUUGGAGAAUCUAGAGAUUUAUCAUUGCUAUCAGCUCCGUCAAGUUCUCGCACAAAUAUACUUCCAACAUCCACUCAAACACUUCCACAAUCUUUCGCUCCAACACAAAUUCAAAUGGGAAAAGAUGGAAGAGUUCGACCGAUUGGAGGUGGAAGAAGACCUGUUCAAUGGCCAGCUGGAAGUACUGAAACCACAUUUCCAGCAAAUCUUGGACCAAUUACAACUUCGAAAAUGUGUGCGUUGAAUGAAGAAGAAGAGAAAUGGUUGAAUGUGAGUAUUUUUUUUGGAAAUUUUUUUUUGAAAAAAUGUAUUUUUAGAAUGAUAGAAAUGAUGUUGUUUAUAAAUUCGUGGAACAUCGGAAAAAUAAAAUCAGAAGAUUUAUUGGAGAAAUAUCAUCGAAGUUCCCAGUUCCAGUUCAGUGUACUGUAGAAGGAUCAAAGAGUAAGUAUGGGUUUUCAAAUGGGUUACUGUAGCUUGGUGUUUUCAGGCUCAAAACAUCGAAUGGUAAUUCAUUUUUCCUGCCAAACUCGCUCUUCUCCUUGUUGUGUUUUCACAAGUGAUGACCUUUUCGCAUUCAAAACAAAAUAUCCAGCAUUUUGGCUUCAUUUAAUGUUUUUACAAAUGGAAUGUUCUGCGAUCAGCCAAUAUGGAGAAGUUGCUGGAAAGGAUUCGCAACAAUAUCAGACGCUUGAACAUUGUUGGAAGUGUUUACCUGUUACGAUUACAAAAUCAAUUCCUUUUGAUACAAUGAUUACUGCAGCUUUUCCAAAUCAGAAAGUGAGACAUUUCAUGAACAUUGUUCUCUCCAAAAUAAUAUUAAUUUUCAGGAUCAAGAUAAACUUGUGAAAGAGAUGGAUGAAGCUGGAUUUUAUGCUUGCUUCUCAAUGGAUCCAAAUUCGAAUGCUUGGAAUUGUAUAAGUUGUUCAAAUCCAGAAAAAGUACGGUAUUUUGUUGAAGAAGGCGGUGCUGAAAAGGUUUUCGAGGGACAAUUGAAGGAGAAAAAAGGCAGAUGGAGAUUCUUGAAACGAUGGAAUACCAAAUAUUUCACAUUGUCUUCAGCUGCUCUGAAUUACAGUACACAACAGAUGCCGGUAAUUAUUUAAUUAUUCCAUUCGCAAUUAAAACUAGAAAUCUUUUUUUUUUGUUUUCAGACUGAUUCUCGUGCACUUCUUCCAUCAAUUGAUUUGAGAUCAAUUCGAUCUGUUCGAUCACUUGGGCGAGGGAAAAAAGCUAGAAAAUCGCUCAGAAAAGCGUUUGAGAUUUUCACAGCAGACAACACGUCUGUGAUUCUGAAAGCGAAAGACGAGAAAAAUGCGGAAGAAUGGCUUCAAUGUCUUCAAAUAGCAGUCGCACAUGCUCGAAGAGAACGCUAA